UUGACACUUUAAAAAGAGCUUAUUAUAUUACAGUUCAAUAUAAUAAAGUGUCAACUGUAAAAUAAUAAAGCUCUCCACAGAUAGAGUCAACGUGUCAGAAUCACAUAGGUUUGAAAAGUCAACAUUGUUGAUAAAACACAGAGUCACAGACGGACAAAUCAAAGAGAUCGACUGUAAGAAAAAAAAACAAAAAUCCAAAAUUGUAGAGAUAAGAGGACGACUUUUCAGAGAGACAUGGUGUUCCGAGGCGACACGGUGAUGUCCGUAGCGCAUCUAUCGGCGGAGAUAUUUCAGCGGUUACGGUGGAUUCCGGCGUCGGAUAGAAUCAGAAGCGGCGAGAUGUUGCAGCUCGUUUGCUGUUUUCCGCUUCAGCAAUUGGGUCGAUUCGUGUUAUGGUUCUGGAAUUAUAUCUGUGUUGCCCCACCAGAACCUGAUGAUGAUUGGGAUGACGAUGAUGAUGAUGAUGAUAAUUCAUCGUCUUCUUCUUCUUCUUUGAUUGUUAAUCAUCAGAAUUACUAUCAUCUUCAUUUAGAGUGACGAAAUGUUCUGACGUUCUGUGAUGGGAGGAUGUUGAUAUAAUCUUGUUCUGUAUUCAAAGAAUCGGUUUUGUUCUAAGAAUGAUUAGUUAGUUAAGCGUGUUUAAUGUGUUUAAUUAUAGCUUUUGAUUGACAUAUAGAUUAUAAUGAAAUUCCAGUUAACUAUGUUUUC